CAACGAAAAACUGUCAACGUCGACCGCCCUCCCCUUCACCCUUCUUCCGAAUCCGAAUCAUCCUUGUCAUAUCGUUAAAGUUAUUACAAUUUUAUAAAUUAUUAAAUUAUUUUAGUUUAUUUUUUGUUACUUUAUAGUUAUUUUUAACAAAAACGUAUCGAUAGAAAAAACAAACAAGUGGUAGGGUUAAACGGUUAACUCUAGACCUCAGGCUUCGGCCUGCGGUCACAACAUCACCGCAACAACAAAAAAAACAAGCGUAAACUACAAAAUUGUUUGCCAUACUUCCCCCAGUAUAACACAAUUAUUUCACAACAUAUUUUGUUACCCCGCUAUCAUGUCUCAGUGGAACAACACAUACGCUUACAACAACCAGUACCAAGCCUGGAACGGCGACCCGAACGUCCAAUAUGUUAACCAAGCCUACUACCCCAAUAGACCAGACCAACCUAAUCAGUAUGUGAGCUUUAAUGAGUUUAUUUCUCAAAUGCAAAAUAAUGGUGCCCCAACUGCUAGCAACUAUAACAAUGUGCAAUACGAGAGUUAUCCUACUAGACAAUAUAAUUACCAGAACAUGCCUGCCACCCCACACAAUCCCCAGUUAGACAGCUAUGGAUAUGCAGCAACCGCUACAAACCUAGCUGGCACUGAAGCAUACCCAAUGAAUGUACAAAAUCAAUACAACCCAGUGGCAUCUGAUCCCAGUGCUUACACAAACGCAAUGAUACUCAAAUCUAAUCUCACUCCAACAGCUACUGAAUUUGUGCCAAAAAGUUCUAUGAUGACACCGUCAACAAGCACUCAGAACAUUCCUGAAUCUAGUACUGUACAUGACGACAAUGAAUCUAGAAGUAAUUAUAGUAAUGUUAAUGAAUCUAGGAAUCACUACAGUAGUGGGAAUGAUCCCCAAAGUAACUAUUCUAGUAAUAAUGAACCUCGAAUUACCAACAGUAGUUCAUCAGACACUAACUGGAGAGAGAGGUCACAGAACUCCCAGAAAAAUGAAAUCCAUAAAUCUGAAUCAUACCACCGUCCACAAGAGCACUCUAGGAACCAAGAAUCUAAUGGACGCUACCGUGAUGGGCAUUAUCGUAAUAAUGAAUCAAACGGUCGAAAUUACGAAUCAAAGAGUCGUAAUCAUGAAUCUAAUAACCGCAAUCAGGACCAAGAAGAUAGGCAAUAUGAAUCAAAUAGCCGCCACCAAGAUUCUAGUAGUCGCAACUAUGAGUCAAAUAAUCGUAAUUAUGAUUCAAGUAACAAAAGGGGCCAAGGAAAAUCUAAUUAUAAGUCAAAGAAUAAAGAUGAUGCUCGUACCUUCUACAAUAGUGCUAUCAGUAAAGACAGUCAAGAUGUGAGGAAUGGCAGAGGAGAAGGUUCAGGUCGGGGUAAGAAUUGGAAUGGAACUCAACGGCUUCGUGCAAUGGAACGCAAUAGCACAGAAGAUGAACAAUAUGCCAAUACAUACUUACAGGGACGAGAUGAUAGGUCAGAUAGAGAUAGGGAAAGAGAAAAUCGAGAUCGAGAUAGAGCACAGGAAAGAGAAAACCGAGAGAGGGAGAGGGCGCUUGAGAGAGAGACCAGAGACAGGGAUAGAGCACUAGAAAACAGAAAACAGACAACAGAACAGGGACAGAGAGAGAGCAAACAGAGACAGAGAAAGAGAUAA